AACCGUUCUAGAUCCAAGAGCCACAUGCGCACUAAACCAAACCUAAAAGCGACCGAAGUGACUAAGUCUUGUUUUAAAGCAACUUUUGGAGAGAAAAAAGAUUUUCCAGAUUGUUUUAGAGUAUCAUGGAUAGUAAGAAAAAAGUAGAAUAUCUUAUUGUUGAUACAAGUGCUUUUAUAAAAAAUGCUGCUUUACAGGAUAUUGGAGAUAAUAUUUUAACUGAACAAGCUGUUGUAAAUGAGAUUACAAGCAAGAGACAGUUAAGGAGAUUGGUUGUACUACCAUAUGAUUUAAAAAUUCAAGAAGCUUUUCCUGAAAACAUUAAAUUUGUAACUGAGUUUUCUAAGAAAAGCGGUGAUUACACAAGCUUGUCCGCUACUGAUAUUAAAGUAAUUGCACUUACUUAUCAAUUGGAAAAACAAAAAGUUGGAACAGCACAUUUGAAAGAUGCUCCAACGAUAAGAGUUAUCAAAUCUACAGAAGAAAAAGAAAGUGAAAGUAAUCCUAAGCUUCCAGUUGGUUUUUAUACGCCAAAAAAUGAAGAACAAACGGAAUCGAAUGCAAAUAAUCAUAAAGCAACGUUUUCAAAUAAUAAGAAAGAAACAAAUGCCCAAGAAACUAUCAUAUGCAGAAAAAUCAUAGAGAAUUUAGCAGUAAAUAACACAAAUGAUACAGAAAAGCAAGAAAAACCUGUUUCGUAUGCAUUUGAUAUAUCCGAUGUAUCUGCUGCAUCUUCGAAUGAAUCGGAUUAUGAAACAGCAGAGUCAGAUACUGAAGAGAAUAAGACAAAUGAUUUGUCUAAACAAUUCAUGAAACUGACAUGCAAUCCGACAGAUCUAGAAGUUGAAAAUGAAAAUGAAGAUGUUAUGGAUAACAUUCUUGCUCCGGUUGAUGCGAAAUUUGGAAAUGAUGAAAACGAUGUAGUAAGUGAAAACAAAGAUGACUACGACGAUAGUGGUUGGAUUACACCAGGAAAUCUCGAAAACGUGAAAAAACAAAUGGAUUCUGAAAUUCUUGAAGAGAAAACUGCGACUGUCGCAUGUUUAACAAUGGAUUUUGCAAUUCAAAAUAUACUUUUGCAAAUGGGACUGAAUGUAGUCGCAAUGGAUGGCAGAGUGAUCAAGCAGAUGCGAACAUUUAUAUUCAGAUGUUAUGCUUGCUUCAAAACUACUAGUAUCAUGACAAAAAUUUUCUGUCCACACUGUGGCCACAAGACAUUGAAAAAAGUUGAAGUCACUUUAGAUGAAAACGGAAAACAGCAGAUUCACAUCAAUUUCCAGAGACCUCUCUCAGCCAGAGGAAAAAAGUUUUCAUUACCAAUGCCGAAAGGUGGUAAACAUGCUAACAACCCUAUUUUGUGCGAGGAUCAACCAAGACCAGAUCAACGUCCAACCCGAUUAGCACGCACUAAAAAUAAUCCGCUCGCGGACGAUUAUAUCGCUGGAUAUUCUCCAUUUAUUAUGCGCGAUAUCAAUUCAAAGUCAGCUAUGCUGGGCGUAAAACCAAACGGUGCUGUUAAGUACUGGAUGAGAAAAAACCCCAAUGAAUCCAGAAACAAACGAAGAUAAAAAUAACUAAUGCCGUGCUUACGAAGUAAGAAUAAGGAGACCUAACUACAUAGAUUAAAAGUGGCUAUGAAAAAUGUUUCCUGUAGAGCCAAGUUUGCUAAAAAGAAUAACUUGCAACAUUUCAUCGCCAUCUUAAAAUUGUAACUGACAGAUGGUGAAAAAAAAGAUUGUAAAGGGUUAAAAAAGCAUGGAACGUACAAAA